GGAGAGGUAGUUUCUUUGGCUGUGGCAUCUGUCUGCCGUCUGGUAACACUGAUUCACUGAUUCCCCUCGAGCCGAAUGAACCAAUGAUUCUCAGUGUCCAUAACCUUUGAUAAGAUUUGUUUUGUGUGGAAUAGUGUCAUUUUGCAAGUACCGGGAAAGUAAUCUGCCAAAAUAUUGAACAUGUCAGAGGAAACAUCGUUGAGUUUAGAAAACGAUGCGAAAGAUACGGCAACGUUGUCGGAAUUAUUCGACAAAGCGUUCGAACUUUUUAACGAAAUAAAUAAAACAGAGGAAUCCACGAACAGUACAAAAGUUCAGUCCGACAUUAGACGGGCCAUGAGUAUGUUAGAAGAUUGUACGAAACUGGUCUCCAUCGUGGAUAUGUUUAGUCACAAUGAAGGUUUCGAAGAAGUCGCUACAGAAAACAUAAAGUAUUUCUUGCUGCCAGCAUUCCUCGGCAAGCUAGCCACAAAACUUUCUUGUAAUACCAACGACAGAAUGCACAUUGUUAACGUGGCUGAGAUUUAUUUUGUGGAUUUUCUGAAACGUGUUAAAAGUUAUGGUUUGACUACCAUUGAUAUACCGGAUAUUAAAUCAGACAACGAGAAAGAAAUCGCUUCGAGGAGAGUUAAAUCAAACGUAGAAUUAGUUACAGAAAUGGUAUGUAGAAGAAAUACAAAAUUAGAGAGGUACAAGGAGCAAAAGGAAUUAGAAUCAAGUUUAUCGGUUCUUCAAAGGAAUAUGUCGAAUCCAAACAUAGACGAUGAAGUGAAGAGGGAAUAUUUUGUAGCUCUCAUAAAAUUGUAUGUAAAUUUGACAUUAGAGGAACUAAGCUCGUUAGCGGCGGAGAAACCAAUUCUGGAGCACAUGAAAAAAACGGGAAAAUCCGAAACUAUGGCUUCACAAGCUUCGGAAAAGCGUAAACCACCUGCUCAAAAAUUGCAACCAAUAGUCAUCACUAGAGACGAAGCUCAAAAGAAAGUAUACGGAGCUGGUUACCCUAGUUUGCCUAUUUUUACUGUUCAAGAAUUUUACGAGCAACGAGUGAGAGACGGAGACUGGCCGGAUCCUUCGAAACGAAAUCAAAUGAAUGCCAAGUCCUUACAAGAUAUGGCAAGCAGCGGUACGAACGAUGACGAUGUUGACGAUAUUAAAAAGGAAGAAUUGCUCGAAGAUGAAAAUCCCGAGAUGUUGAGACAGUUACGUGCCAUGGACGAAUAUAAAGAUACGCAUAGACGCGGAUGGGGUAAUCGUGCUAAUCGAAGUUAAACGUAUAAUGGUUACACGAGUUCACGUAUCUUUGGAUUGUGUAGUCAUUAUACGAAUUUCACGAAUUCCUUUUCGGAUCAUUAUACAUACUCGUAAUGCGCAUGCGUUCUCGU